CGUAAAUGGAUCACCAAACUCUCUAUAUCUAUCUCUUAUCAGGUAAUAUAUGAAGGACUAACCAAAAGAAAGCAAAAGAUGGCUCAAAAGGUGGACGCACAAGGAGGUAAGGGAGGAGCUGUAUGGGAUGAUGGUGUUUACGACGGUGUUAGAAAGGUGCAUGUAGGGCAAAACCAAGAUGGUGUGUCGUUUAUCAACGUUGUGUACGAGAAGGAAUCACAGGAGGUUGUUGGAGGUGAACAUGGAAAGAAGUCACUACUUGGAAUCGAAACGUUUGAGGUGGAUGCAGACGACUACAUCGUAAAAGUGAAGGUGACCUACGACAAAAUAUUUGGCUAUGAGUCUGACGUAAUCACAUCUAUCACCUUCAAUACAUUCAAGGGAAAAACCUCACCACCUUAUGGAUUGGAUACCGAGAACAAGUUUGUACUCGAGGAAAAAAAAGGUGGCAAGAAGUUUGUACUCAAGGGAAAAAAUGGUGGCAAACUUGUUGGGUUCCAUGGACGUGCUGGCGAAAUCAUAUAUGCUCUUGGAGCGUAUUUCACAACAACCACAACUCCUUUGGUACCAGCCAAGAAACUACCGGCAGUUGGUGGUGACGGCGGAGCUGCAUGGGAUGAUGGUGCUUACGAUGGUGUUAAGAAAGUGUAUGUAGGGCAAGACCAAGAUGGUAUAUCAGCCGUAAAGUUUGUGUACAGCAUGGGUGCUGAGGAUAUUGUAGGAGAUGAACAUGGAAAUGAUACUCUACUUGGAUAUGAAGAGUUCCAACUUGACUAUCCAAGCGAAUACAUCAUCGCGGUUGAAGGCACAUACGAUAAA